UGGCCGCAUCUUCAUCGCGAGCGCGUCGCCAACCGGGAGGCACCGACUUUUCGACAUAUACAGACGUGCACGAGAAAGAAGGACAGAGGACGGGUCUGUCUUGUUGUUUUUUUUUUUUUUUUUUUUCAUUUGCCGGCGAGCAGGUUUUUUUUUUUCUUUUUUCGUUUUGUUUCGGGAAACGGGUAAAACGAAAAUAUCAAUUUCUCGUUACUCGACCCCGUGGCAGACCGAUUAUACGCACAUUCGUCCGGCCGCAACGAGGAAGAAGAGCUGUUUUGGUGGUGAAUUUGUUCUUUUCGUGCGUUUCAAGAAGAUAAAAGAAGAAGAAAAAACCGUUGGUGCGAGUGCGCGAAACCUCGAAGAAAGGGGAAAAAAAAAAAAAAAAAAGUGUGCGUCUACGUCGUAUACACGCGGAAGUUGAAGUUAACGAGCGAAAGAUUCAAAAAAUCCGAAAAAGCUCGCCGGAGCGAAGAGGAGGGGAGGGGAUUUCAAAAAGCUCUCCUCCCACCGUCGCGCACGCCUGCGCCGAGAUAACCCAACACCCACACAGGAUCCCGAAAGCUCCGAGGCUGCAGCUCGCUCCGGAGGAGAGGAGAAACGCCCAGGGAGACGCGAGGGUGUGUGUGCUCUGGACGACGGCGUCGAGGUCCUGAGGUAGUAACGCCGCAAGCUCCAUCGUCGGCGUGAAACGAGGCUGCCUCGACCAAAGGGGGAGUAAGGUUACUCGCGUUCGUCGGAGAAGGGCGUAACUUAGCAGCGCACACACGUACGUUACGUGACGGGGAGCCAAGCAGCCGGCGAGCCCUCGGAUAUUAAAAACUCUUUGGUCCGAGGUGCUCCGUACCGAGCUUUAUCAUACGCGCGUGGGGGGGCGUAAAAAAAAAAAAAAAAAAAAACACACACACACACUCACCUUGGGCUCUUGUCCGGGUGUGCGUGCGCCUGCCAGCUAAUUCGCCCCCAGGCCACGACGUCUCCCUAUAUCUCCGUACCAUCCGUGAGACUCGCAAUUUACUUGCUCGCCGUCUCCCUCGGCAUUUAAAUACCCCACGCACACACGGCCUCGUGCCAGACUGCAGAAAUGAGAUUCGAGUUCGUGCACAUGACACCGAGGCCACGGCCGAGCCAACGUUGAGUCAAAAGCGUCGUUGGGGGGGUCAAAAAUAAAAAAAGCCGAGAGAACGUGCGAGAGAGAGGAUGACAGCUGCCCGGAGAAGAUAGCCGGGGUCAUCAGCGUUGCCCGCCCCCCAGGGAGGAGGGUACCACCGGGAGGGAGAAGAGAGGCGGCUCGGAUUAACCCGGACGUUGCGCCGCGUCGGCUCCGGCGCGCAUCGAUCGGCGCCGAUCACCCGGCACGGCCUCGCACACCUAUAUACACACACCCAUACGGAGCCGGCCCACCCCCGCAGCCACUGCAGCAUCAGCAACAUGAAUAAGCACGCCAGCUGAGGGAUACAUAUACACACACACACACACACACACACAGAGAGAGAGAGAGACACACAUCAGCGUGCCCGCAGGAAAUUUUCUUGUCGCGGUCCCAGGAGCCGUCGUCGACAUGGCCGCGGCUUGCUACGAGAGGAAGAUGGGCGAGGCCUUGAUGGCGUGCGCCAAACCAGCUGGCCUCCUCCACGAGUACAACGAGCUCCAGUUGGCCCGUGACUCGGUGCUCAACGCGGUGGCGGUAGCCGCCGCUGCGGCGUCCGUCUCGACGCAACAGCAUCAGAGCUCGCCGGUGAUGCAGCAGUUGUCCUCCCUGUCGCCGGUCCACGGGCUGAGCGCCCUCGGGCCUGGCAGUUCGUCGGGACCACCGGGUGGUGGUAGCCCGUACAAGGAUUACUCCCAGCCCCUGCACGUCGACUGCAGCGUCGAGUACGAGCUGCCCAGCCAAGCCAAGCCUCCGCCGGGCAACGGGGAGCCCCUCCUCAUGAUACACCCUUGCUACUACCGGCGCGCCGAGCGCGAGAAGCGCACGCUCUUUGUCAACAAUCUGCCGCCGAGGGGUAGCUCGACCUCCGCUUCUUCUUCCUCCACCUCGACCUCCACCUCCUCCUCCUCCUCCUCCUCCUCCUCGUCGUCGUCGUCUUCGUCGUUGUCGAAUUCGUCGUCGUCGAGGCGAAGUGGCACUAGGAGCCGGGCCAUAGCGGCGAGCAACAGUGCGGCCAUCACGGGGAUGAUGGUGAACCCGGUGAUGCCGAUCGCGGCCGCUGCCAUGGCCACGACGACGCAGCAGCAGGUGCCCGGGAGCGCUCCUGUGGCCAUAGUCGCCCCGAUGCACGUCAAUGCAGGCAAUAAUCCCCUGCUGCCCUCGCCCUCGCUGGCCUCGAUCGUCGCCUCGACCGACGUGCACAACGCCCCGGCAGCCGUGGCCGCGGCCGCAGCCGCCACUUACCACGCGGCCCUCACCGCGGCUCUGGGCAAUCACCACCCCGGCGAGGCCAAGCAGCAGCAGCUGCCGAUGAGCAGCCAGACGGAGCUCGACGAGAAGGUGCUCGCCGCUGCCGGGCUAUAUCCCCAAUACUUUCGGAGCGUGCAGCGGCAACAGCCGCAGGUGCAGCCCCAACAAUCGGCCCAGCUGCACCACCACCAGCACAGGUACCAGCCGCAACAAAGCUUGACGGGGCACCACCAACAACAACAACAACAGCAGCAGCAGCAGCAGCAACAACAACAACAACAACAACAACAACAACAACAACAACAGCAGCAGCAGGUUUCGAGUGGUUUGUUGCAUCAGAGCGGGUAUGCCGGUGCGCAGCAGCAGCAGCAGCAGCAGUCCCAGCCGACGGCGUACGGUAUGGCGAUGAUGGCUCCGCCGUCGCAGAGGCACGUCCACCAUCUCCACCACCACCACCCGCAGACGAUAGUCGGCUCGACUGCUCCCCCGAACACGAUAGUCGGCCACCACCCGUACCGCCGAGCCGGGGCGUCCUCGCUAGCCGGACAACACCGCGUCAAGCACUCGUCCUCGUCGUCGUCCACGUCCUCCUCGUCGUCGUCCGUGUCGUCGUUAUCGGCGUCGGCGUCUUCCUCGUUGCUGUCGUCCAUGGCCGCCUCGUCCGCCGCCUCGGCCUCCUCCGCCUACGCCAACACGAUACACAGGCACCACCACCACGCCCUGCAGGCGGCCCACGGGGCCUUCUACGAGGCUCCCGUCUAUCACGCCCUCAUACCCCAGAGUUGAGCCAACCACGAUUUUAGAUGCAAGACGAGAGAAGGGAGACAAGAGGACUCGCGCCACCCGGAAGGAUCGAGCACCGCCUGAUACACCAACUACUAUGUAGAACCGCUGGUUGUUUCGUUUUAUUUUUUGAUUGGUUUUUUUUUUUUGUUUUUUUUCCCCAUACACCAUACAUGCGUUCAUGUGAACCAUUGCGAUCGCCGUAUAAUUACCAUGUACAUUAACGAUUCCAUUGCCAUACAGCGAUAUUGUAAUUGCGCGCGCUUUCUUCGUUUCUCCCGUUCGCCAACCAAAGCCCUCGUCGCCGCUAUAAUAUACGUUUCGUAUUAUGCAUGUGCCACCAUUGUCUGGUUGCUUUUGACGUACGUGUGUGUGUAUACGGUAUACUAUGGAUUCGCGAUUAUAUUUUUUUUUUUCCUCGUCUUUCCCCUGCCCUCCGCGUCAACCUCCUCAACUUCUCCUCUUGCCCGUUAAUUGUAUAUGUAUAUACCCUCGCAGGGCCAACGCGACACGCGAGCCGCCGAGGCUUCUCCUUCCCGCGACACUACACACACGUAUUUUUUUUUUUAUACUCGCGCCAACGUUCCCAACACACAAUACUCGUCGUUGUUCGCCUAUACACACGCGCGCACUCCCUUCCAUGUGUAUACAAGUAAAAAAAAAAAAAAAAAAAAAAGAAAAGCUCUCGAGCCAUGGAUUUCGUUGACGCGGGACAUCCCUGAUGUGACCGACAAACAUCGCACGCGCGUGCGACUUGUUUGCGGAUGACAACGCGAUUGGUUCACACAGAGUUGAACCUUAACGACGUCCAACUUUUCCACGGCCAACGUCAUUACGUGCGUCAAACCGCCGGUUGACUCAACUGCGGAGGCCUCGCUCGAUACAUCGUUAUAUAUAGGGGGAUUUCAAUCUUUUGACUGAUGCCUCGAUAGCCCCCCACACCCCUCUUUAAUACAAGCGAUUAACAUUGCCUCAUUCCAUUUGACUCGAAAGACCCCGUACUUCCCCCCAAAUUAUUGGGGCAAUUAACGUGAACUCGACUCGAUCGAAACUCUCUUAAUAACAGACUUGAAAACAUUAAAGAUGCGCAUGAAAAAAAAGAAUUUGGCUCCGUCUCGAUUCGUGUACAUGUAUAUAAUAUGAAAGUAGCCCGGAGCUUAAUUACCCUCUCUCGUUGUUGUGUGUAUAUCAUGCAUUAGACACGCGCGAUGGUUCCCUCAUGUGUGUAUACACGGCUGUGGCCGCACCAACAUAAUAUUAGGCACUGAUUUCACGGAAUAAGUUUGAGGCGGCCCGUCUUUUCUACAACAACCAUAUUAUAUCCCUGGCGCUCCCGCAAACACACGCGCAUACAACACACAUAUAAUAUAUGUAUGUUCUCUUGCUCGGUUAUAUGGGUCUCCGCCCUUUUUUUUUUUUUUUCCCUUCCUGCUCUUAGGGACCCCUUCCGCUUAAUCUUUUUUUCACUCUUUCACGUCCCCUCUCGCUUGUGCUCUUAUUUCGGCCUCGCAUCUAUAUAUAUAUGUAUACGUGCAAUCUACGUCCCCCCUGCUCGUUGCGACGGAGGCGAAUUUAUCGGCCAAGACGGAGGAAUUAAUCGGCUCGAGGGCCGCUGCCGGUCUCUCGGGCGCUAUCGGGUUUUAGAAUCGCACGGGGCUCCCAAGGAAAUUCCGCGGAAUUAAGUCUUUCGCGUGCGGUGCGCGCUUACACACACGCAGCAAAAAGGGAGGAUUCGAUUUCCGAAGAGAGAAAGUCCCGGGGGGGGGAAGGGGGACGCCGGUUUCUCCGCUUUUGUUGCUUCUCCUUGGAAUUAUUUUCCCUUUUUUUUUUUUUUUUUUUGUCUUGCCCCCCUCCCCUCUUUGGUCUAAUACACUCGCUUGAGAAACCAAAAAUUACCUUGAAUGUGUACCCGAGGGGAUGUAUGCUUAUUGUUUAAAACUGAAAGACGCGCUCACAGUGCUCGUGGAUGUGCCCAGCAGCGAUGAUGGAACAGUAUUUAGGUGUGUCGGAUGUGUCGCGCUCAUGCCAUACGGGAAAUCUUCCUUCGAUACGUGAUUUAACGACCCUCUGUAUAUGAAAUGAAAAAUCCACCAGUAGAUCUAGGCUUGAUCCAUGUAAAAUCUUGGGACAUUUUAAAGUAAGCCUCGACGCGUUAAUGCUUCAAAUCUUUUGGGAGUACCGUAACUAUAUUUAUCCUUGCGUCUGUGCCAACGAUUCUUCAAAUUAAAAAAGUUCCCAGCAAUCGUGCAAGUUCUGAUGUUAAAUGAUACCUAAGUAGAGUCCCUUUUUCGAGACGCUCGUUGUUCGAACAGGUGUCUCUCGCCAUGUUUUCUUCAUCGGUAGUCCUCGCAAUUCCUCCCAAGGGUUCCUCCACGUUUAGUCGAAUCGAUAACUCCUUUGCUUCGCCGAGCCACUGUUGUAAGCGCGUCGCUAAAAUUACGAACGUCCCCUUCGAUAAUAACUCGGCAAUACACGGGAAGUCAACCUAUACACUCUUUGCUCGCGCGACCGUAAAUUUAGUGUCCAACAUCUGGGGCGUUGUGGUCCGACAACCAGUACUGCUUAAAUGUAUCUUUUUUUUUCCCCCCCUUGUACAAGGACCAUUUUGGAAGAACUAAAAUUUUAAAAGUUGUCUAGUUGUGAACGUACGAAACGCUGAAGCGGUAAAGUUUAAUAACAACAACAAAACAAGGUAGAGGCUCGAGGAAAAUGGGAACUGGCAAAAGUCUCGUGGACUUUUUCCAAGUGCGGGCGCGUACGUGAUCGCAAUCUCUUACCGCUCCCGCUGCGCCACGAAAUUUUGCCGAACAGCAACUUUUGUUUCGUUCCAAACAUUUUAUUCCAUUUUUUUUUUUUUUUUUUGUCUUCCAUCUUUCCGCACACGCGGACGUUUCGGAAGAGGCAGAGUUAUCCGUAUGCUGAAUAAUUUAUCGAGUGCUCAUCGCGCGGGCUGUACCUAUACGAACCGGCCACAGAAUCGUGAAAAGCCUCGCUCUUUUGUACUGUAUGUAUGUAUAUCGAAGCAAAGUAUAUAUUCGAAUUGGCUCGCGAAAUACAGUGUCGCCCGCGUCCCUGAGUCGGAAAAAUCUAAUGUGUAUAGGUAUACGCGCGAGAAGAUACGAAGCUCGAGAAAAGUGAGACCUCACGAGUAUAAUAGUUACGCGUCCUCUCGGUCCCUCUGAAUCGUAUACCUCACGCGCGGUACUUACCUCAAAUCUGACGACUCGCCUAUGCAGCACCAACAUACGAUACUGCAUUAUUUUCAAUUCCUGCGUGGCCAUGAAAUUUAACAGCUCCGUGCGUGCGACGAAUUUCGCAAAACCCAUUUGACGGUGAUAAUCCCGUCGCGCGUGGUUUGCAUCGAUCACACCGUGUUCUUUCAAUGAAAAAAAAAAAAAAAGAGAAAAAGCUCCUUGCAAGCGAAUUAGCUGAAAGGGAAGAAAAGUAAAAGCAAACCAACGUUUACUCGUACAAAUUAUACAUAUAUAUAUAUACGUAACGCGAAUAAAUAAAAUAGCAGCGAGUCUCGGCCUUAGUUUUUAUUUAUGUUUAGGUGCUUUAUCCUGCAGCUCGUCUUUCGCAGCGGAACCCCGCAUCGGUUGAAGUAUCGAUUUCCACCCCUCCCUGUGUCACCGUCUACACAGCGAUCUCAACGUGAUAUAUAUACAUGGGUAGAGCGUUUACUUAAUCAUUUCUAUAGAGCUCAAUUGGUUUAUUUAGUAAUCACGUGCGCUCAUCGAUUUUCCUCAACGGAGAUAAAAAAAACAAAAAAAAAA